AUGGCGGACGGAGAUCCCAGGAUGGAUGUCUUUGGCACGGUUGAACCGGUUGUCGCCCACCAUACACGCGAACAGCCAGUUGUCGACGAUUCUCCCAGUGCCAGUGGCAUUCAGUCAUCUACAAGAGCAUCGAAGAGAGCCCAGUCAGUGGAUGUGUCAGCAAGGCCCUCUCGACGUAGACGGGAGCGAGGAGACAAGAGCAGACUACGGGCAGAACUCGAUGCAGCCGCACCUGCCUUGGCUCUCGGGCGGCGCUUCUUUUCAUUAUACCUUUUCGCCUUGUAUUUCCUUUUCAUAUAUUUCCACGGCCCGGCAGCCGCUCUUAUUAUACCUUGUCAGACGAACAGACCCGCGAAUCGCCUCGGAUGUACUGGCUCUCGAACGACGAUUUGCAGCCGCCUCAAAAGGCAAAUCACUUCCUUCCCGGGAUCGACCACACCACAGAACACAUCGCCCCCGGCCCUCGCUCCCAAUCUCACAGGCACGAGACCAUCUGGGAUCGAUAGAACCUCAACAGCUCGAUCCCAAAUCACCCACUCGACUCGUUGGCCCAGCUCUCCCUACGUCAGGCGUUCCCACUCUCGUGCACCCCCAGCCCCAACCUACACCGACCCCCUCCUCCGUCCGACCCCACCACCGAUUCUCAAGGCGGAUAGACCUGCGUACCAUGUUUUACUGCCCAAUUCAGACCCAGAACACACUUCCGCAUCCCCUGAACCAAAACGCACAUCCCGAGCUGCCAAACGAUCCAGUUUGACAGCUAUGCUCGGUCUAGGCAGUCGGAAGAAGCACAAGGAUGGGUCGGGACAAGACGAAGACAGUACUCAUUUGUCUGUGCGUCCUUUGAAUCGACGGAUCGACACGCAACAUACUAUGCGCACCUUUAAUACGGUUUACACAACUGCGACGGCUGGAAGUGUGGAUACGGGUGAUCGAGCGUCGUUGAAUGUCCCGUCCUCGCCUGGACAUAGCGGGCCAAGUCAGGGCGCACGAUCUGCAAGUGGGGCAUCCUCUCAUCACGGGUUUGUUGCGACCCCGAGUUCGACAGAUCAUCAUACCAUUGAACCGAGUGCCAAGACUCUUGCCAGGGCUGCUGCUACCAGGACCAGCUCUCUAAACGGUAUGGCCUACUAUACGCCGGCCUUGACGCUCAAGCCUCUGGCUCUCCUGCUCCUGGCCUGA